AUGGCAAAUGUAACCAAUCACGAACCUGAUCCUCCAGAUACUGAACCUCUUGUUAGCGUCUUCCUCUUCGUUGGCCUCAUAACCGUGGUGCCAAAGUCAUCGAGUGUCUCCGCACCAACCAAACCGGCACAGGAUACCGCGAACUCAGAUGCUCGCAGGUCCUCAAAACCGGCCUCGAACCAAAGACCUAGCUUUGGUUUUGCAUGGUCUUACUCCUCAACGUCGGCGCUAGCAUCCACAACACCUUCGGUGCCCUCAUCCUCUCUGGAGUGGGACAGCAUCGUCAUCCUGCCCGUCGUUGUAGGAUGGGCGGUUCUCUAUGUCUUGCGACGCAACGAUCCCAUCAAGCCGCGUUGCCAGCAGCGUACUAUCCUUGACUUUGCUCGCAACCCACUGAUCGUGUCUUGGAUUGCCGGCAAUAUUGGCGGCAUGACAACUAAGUCCAUGAUCAUGUGCCUCUAG